GCCGACGAGUAGCCGAAGAGCUGCAGUUUCGCGAGGGCGACCUCGGGCCAUUUCAAAGAAGGACUAAAAAUUAAAUAGCUUAAUUUAGCCGUUUCCGCCCGUUUCAGUGAACCUUUGUGCGACCUAGGAUCAUCCUGCGACGGAUCAUCCGACAGGAAAGCACAAGCAAACCGGAAGAAUGUUCACGACCGGAAUCGUCACGCUGUUAAGCGCAAUCGCGCUGACACACGCCGCGUUCAAUUGCCCGAACAAGGACGGCCAACACGAGGACAGCAGGCAAUGCGACAAGUAUUACGAAUGCAUCGACGGCGUAGCAACAGAGAAGCUGUGCCCGGACGGUCUUGUGUUCGAUCCCUUGAAUCGCAAGGUCAACAAGUGUGACCACGUCUUCAAUGUCGAUUGCGGUGACCGUCUCGAAUUACAACCUCCACAGCCGACGAAGAAGUGUCCGCGACGAAACGGUUUCUUCGCGCAUCCCGACCCGACAGUGUGCAACGUCUUCUACAAUUGCAUCGACGGAGAGGCGAUUGAAAUCACCUGCACCACUGGGCUGCACUUCGACGAGUACAGCGGAACUUGCGUGUGGCCGGAUAGCGCUGGUCGCGAGGGCUGCGGAGUCAUGGGCAAGAAGCUGCAAGACGGCUUUGAGUGUCCAAGUGAGACUCAGGUUGACAGCAGAGGCAUGGUGAUCGAUCAUCCUAAAUUUGCGCAUCCCGAGGACUGUCAGAAGUUUUACGUAUGCCUAAACGGUGUUACGCCGCGUGAACAAGGUUGCAGCGAUGGCACCGUCUACAAUGAGGAGCAGCAGAGGUGUGAUGCACCUGAGAACGUCCGUGGAUGCGAGGAUUGGUACAAGGACGAGAAGCCGUAAGGAAAUCGUCCACGCUCAUCUGUCCCGCAUCGGGACGCCGCACAUUCACUUUAAUCACGUGUCACCUCCUUCGCCCAGCGUGUAACUCCAUGUGUGUGUUUAGCCAUUUGAAUGUCUUGGAAUACAUUUUAUUUUUACUUUAUUA